CUGGUGGCAGAGCAGUUGACACUGAUGGAUGUGGAGCUCUUCAAGACAGUGAGGCCCCACGAAUUCCUGGACUCCAUCUGGUCCCAGUGUGACAACAGGGGCAAUGAGCACCUGGCACCGACCAUCCAUGCCACCAUGACCCACUUUAACAGAGUGGUCGAAUGUAUCGUCACCACCUGCAUUGGGGACCCGAGCAUGACGGCCCAGGUCAGGGCCAGGGUGGUGGAGCUCUGGAUCCAGGUGGCCAAGGUAAGAUGUGGGAGGCCCUGGGAGCCCCUCUCUGGAGUCGGGGGAACUGCCCCUUCUCCUUUCUCAGCUCUCAUGUUUGAAGUCCGUGGUCUGAGCCUUUGCACAAUCCUUAGGCCCCUCCUGCCAGGCCUCGAUGACCUGACUCCUGGUCCCAGUGGUGGGAAGCUCACCCCUUCCUGGGCUCCUUUCUUGGCUUGAGCUGAA